UAAUAUAAUAUAUAUGUGUGUAUAAUAUGUUUCUAUACUGAUGCAGAUUUAUUUGUAAUUAUAGUGUCAGAAAGUGACUUUGUUAAAACCAGUUAAUCUACAAAAUGGCAACAAGUUCUCCGUCUUCAGUUGAGCUGGGUUCGGAUGAAGUGAAGGACUAUAUUUGUAAUGCCUGUGAAGACCAGAAUAAUGUUGAGACACGUGCUGAUUUCUUUUGUAAACAGUGUGAACGGUUUUAUUGUGGAAACUGUAUUGAUUCACAUGGUAAAGCCUUGGCUAAACAUACUACAUUUGGAAGGGUCGAAAUAGAUAAAUGGCCAGUUUCAAAAAAGGUGGUGGAUUUUCUACAAACUUGUGAUGUUCAUAAGGACCAUAAAAUUGACCAAUUCUGCAACCUGCACAAACAUCUGUGCUGCCCUCAGUGUGUAUCUGAUCAACACAGCCAGUGCAGAGAAGUGACCCAGAUUUCGGAGCUGACCAACUCGCAGCCCUCAGGCCUAGAGGGGCUGUCAGUGGAGCUGGAAACUGUCCUGGGGGAAAUUAAAACCCUGCAGAUCAGUCAGGAGGCCAGCAUUCAGUCAUUGCAGAGAACAUACAAUGAACAUAGGGAAGUUAUGAUAGAGCAAAUGUGUGGCAAUUUAAAUACUUAUAUAGAUAAAUGUGAUAAUAAUUCUGUGGGAACAUCAGGCGGAAAUGAGCAAUAUUUAAACGAAGAGAUGUGUAGGAAUGUUGUUUCUAUCUUGAAUGAAUUCGAUAAUAUUACUGCGAAGGAACUUAACGAGAUGAAAGAUGAAGUUAUAAGCAUAAAAGGGUCAGUUACAAGUUCUAUUCAUAAAUGCACCAGUCUUCACAAUGACUUGUCACAAUUCCAUGAAAUUGUUCAGAAAAUUGGAGAUCAUAAGGAGCUCUGCCUUAUAGCCAGCAUAAAAUGUAAGCAUAUAAUACAGCAGGCACUGACUCUGCUGGGAAAGUCAGGCAAGGCGUUUAAUGUCCAGAGUAAUGCUAAGCACAAUGUGAGAAUAUCAAGUGAUUCAUAUCCAUGUAGUAUCAUAGGCAUAUGUGUUCUGACUGAUGGGCAGGUCCUGGUUGCAGACAGGGAUAAUAAGAGAGUCAAGCUUCUGAGCCAGCAGUACAAGGUGGUGAGUCAUUGGGAUGUGAAUGCUGAGCCACAGGAUAUAUGUCAGAUCACACCCAGAGACAGGCUGUACAUCACCAGCUACUGGAACAAGCUUCACACCCUGGCCAGGGAUGGCACACUCCUGGCUACAUGUACAGACCCAGCACUAGAGGGCCUAUAUGGUCUACAUGUGACCCCUGCAGGCCAGGUGCUGGUCUGUGGAGCCUGGUCCAACACUGUACUCCAGGUGGGCUGGGAGGGAGAGAGUAAGCUGGCUACUCUUGCUACACGGGAAGAUGGAGUGUGGUACCCAGAGUCACUACUACUCAGCAAAGAAGACAACUGUCUGGUGAAAGGCUGGCCCUAUUACAGUCUAGUGAUGUCGGGGGACACGGCCUUUCCAUGGCUGGGGAUUGCAUUUUAG